AUGGCGCAAAAACUAGCCGAUAUUAUUAUGCGGCAUACGGAGGGUAAUGAGUUGAAGAUGGAGGAAGAUGAAGAAAUUUGCAAUGAGAGUGAGGAUAAAGGUGAAUCGUCGGAGAAUAUAGAUGAUGGUGUCCUCGUUGUUCCGGAUAAAGUUGCUUUCAGCAACGGUAAACUCAUUAGCGCAUCGGAUGUUCAUCGCGCAAUUGAUUUCUGCCGCUCAACGAGUGAUGAACACAGACCACUUUCUUCGAUGCUCACAAUGUCCAGAUUUAUCAGCAAUAAAAAUGAUAUGAAACGGCCACACUUUUGA